UAUAUCCUUCACACUCCAGUGUCCACGGGCUCUGCACUAGAAGAUCGAGUGAUGGACCAGUGUUGGUAUUCCCGUCCAGUGCCAAACUUCGGAGCACAGUAGCGUGGACGUUCGUUUAGUCGGGAAGACAGCGGUGCGUUGUAGUUCAUCGCUCGUCUGCCUCCAGAUAGACUGAGUACUCUCAGAUAGACUUGACCUGCUUCCUUCCACCUUCGCCUUCUCCUCUCCGAUUAACCACUCUAGCUGUAUAUGCAUUGCUGCAGAUAUAAACUCAACCAUGCAACUGAGCGUAGCCAACUCGAUCGUACAACUGCUGGUCAAAUCUGGACGUAAACCCGGCGGCAGUGCUCGAUCGCGCCGGGCCGUCGAAGUGAAGGGAAUCGAGAUCAAGGCGGCGGCGGCGGCGAAGGCGAAGGUAUUGCCACCGCUGCGAAUCCUCGCCGCCCUUGCGAUAGCAGCAUGGACCUUAUUCCUGUACGUGCAUUUCUCCGUGAUCACCGGCACGGUGGAGGUGAUGAGCAACGGCGAAGACCUCGCCGACCCCUGCCGGGGACGGUACAUCUACAUGCACGAGCUGCCGCGGCGUUUCAACGCCGACAUCGUCCACACCUGCCGCAACCGCAAGACCGAGGACCACUGGGGCGACAUCUGCGCCUCCCUUAGCAACGCGGGCCUCGGCCGUCCGCUCGACGGCGACAGCGUCAUCACGGGCGAAUCUGGGUGGUACGGCACGCACCAGUUCGCUCUGGACGCCAUCUUCCACAACCGGAUGGUUCAGUACGAGUGCCUGACCAACCACUCGGCCGUGGCAUCCGCCGUGUUUGUCCCGUUCUACGCCGGCUUCGACUUCGCCCGCUACCAUUGGGGCUACGACAACGCCACCAGGGACGCCGCGUCGGUGGACCUGACAGAGUGGCUCAUGGCACGACCCGAGUGGCGGCGCAUGGGAGGGCGCGACCACUUCCUCGUCGCCGGGCGAACGGGGUGGGACUUCCGGAGGAUCAGCAACCUCGGCGCGGACUGGGGCAACGACCUCCUCGUCAUCCCGGGAGCCCGGAACAUGUCCGUGCUCGUGCUGGAAUCCACGCUGAAACGCGGCACCGACUUCUCCGUGCCGUACCCGACUUACUUCCACCCUAGGUCGGAUGCCGACGUGCUCCGGUGGCAGGACAGGGUGCGCGGCCAGCGCCGGACGUGGCUCAUGGCGUUCGUGGGCGCGCCGCGACCGGACGUUCAGAUGAGCAUCCGGGUCCGGGAUCACGUCAUCGCGCAGUGCAAGGCGUCCGGCGCCUGCGCCAUGCUGAGCUGCGCGCGCACCCCCAGCAGCAGGCAGUGCCACAGGCCCGCCAACAUCAUGCGGCUGUUCCAGAAGGCCACCUUCUGCCUGCAGCCGCCGGGCGACUCGUGCACGCGGCGGUCGGUGUUCGACUCGAUGGUGGCCGGCUGCAUCCCGGUGUUCUUCCACACGGGGUCCGCGUACAAGCAGUACCCGUGGCACCUCCCCAAGGACGACCACCUUAGGUACUCGGUGUACAUCCCGACCGCGGACGUCAGGCGGCGCAACGUCAGCAUCGAGGCCGUGCUCCGGGCGAUCCCUCCGGCCACGGUAGCGCGGAUGCAGGAGGAGGUGAUCAGGCUCAUCCCGAGUUUGUUGUACGCCGACCCCAGGUCGAAGCUGAAAACUCUCAAGGAUGCGGUCGCCGUCGCCGUCGAUGGAAUCCUGGACACGGUGGCGCGGAUCAAGAACGGCGAGGAAGUCAACUGUGGCGGGCCAGUCGACAAGGAUCCGCCGAACCUUUUUGCCUCGACAGCAUCGAGGUUUUUCCCGGAGGGAUAUGUGCAAGCAGCUCGCGGCCGGAGCUGGACCAAGGGGAUGCAAUCGCGCAUCUGAGUAAGCUGAUCAUAUUCAUAUGUGGGCACCUUGUCCAUGGUUGCAGCCUCAUAUGGAGCGUGGCGCUGACGGCUGCUGCGGCAGCAUGGAGGGAGCGGGCGAUCAAUAUUCGAAGAGUGAAUUUAGGGAACGGUCAUCGAACUUGCAUCGGUACCUUGGUAAUGCAUUUGGGUCCUCUAGCUUAGAAAUUACUCCCUCCGUUCAUAAAUAUAUGACAUCGUUGAUUUUUUUAACUUUGAGCACUCAUCUUAUUAAAAAUAUAAUAUGUUAUCAUUUAUUUUUUGAUUUGUUUUUAUCACUUAAGUUAGUUUGUGUUUGACUUAAAAUUUUACAUUUUUAAUAAAUAUUUUGAAUAAGACAAGCGGUCAAAGUUUCGAAAAAAUCAACGGUGACAUAUAUUUAUGAACCGAUGUAGCAUUAUAUUGUAUGAUUCCUAAAUUUAGAUUCAAGUGUCAUUUAGGUCAC